UGUCAGUAGGAAAUGCAGGCUGUUCUUGUUGGAUGCACCCUGCUGCUAUGCUUGGAAAAAAACACAAUAACCCAAAUUAACUCACAUUAAGAAUGAAAAGUGUUACGAAGAGGGUCGAUUCGGUUCGUUGAGGACGACUAGGAGCCGGUCUGCAUGUCUGAGCGAGGCAACAUUACACACUAAACGAGGGUAAUGCUAUCCGCUGCGUCGGGCUCGCAGUGACACGCCGGCUGUGGGAGAGAUCAGGGUAGAGCCAUGGCUGAGCUGUCUACUUUUUCCCCAUCGCCACCUUCAUUGGGUGAUCAUCAUGCAGCUCCAUCCAUCAGUUCGUCUUCGUCAGUACUCCCUGCUUCAAGCAACCCCGUUCCCCAGGCUGUGCAGGAAAUGCCCAUACCCAAGUCUUCCCUUUACAAUGACAAAGCUUUGUCUGGAAGCACUCCUGCAACACUCUCGGGGGGUUCCCCCUUGACCCCCCACCUGCCCACAAGUCCUGCAGAGUUCAUUGCGGAGACUGCUCUCGCAUCGUCGCUAAAUGAGUCUGUUCCACAAAGAGAGGAAUCGACGAGGAAGGAAACGGAGGCUGGAUCUCUUGUGAAUAAACAGGAGACAAUGACCAGUGGCCCAGCUGCUGUGGAGCUCUUGAAUACUGAUACUGAAACUGAAACGUCAGAGCUGGCGAGCGAGCCUUCAGCUCUGAGGAAAGAGCUACAGGUAUCCCCUUCUGAUCUUAAUCCCGGCCCAAAUCUGUACCCCAGCGUGCAUGUCACUAAAAACCCAAACCCUGUCCUGGACGAUGGAGAACCAUCGGAGGGGGAUUCAAGUGCUACACCUGCUUCUGCAGCAACAUCAACAAUCGAUGAGGAGAAACCUCCGUCUCUCCCGCAAGCACAAAAACCUGAAAGCGACCCUUCUCCUCCUCCUCUUCCCCCGAAACCAGACGUUGCCAGUGAGGCCACAAAAGAAGAACUUCCCGAAACCCCCACCAGAGCUGGGCCCGCUAGCCCUCCUGUCCCGCUGAUUCACGAGCCAUGCAUCCCCCUACCGAACCCCAGCCGGCGGGCCGCCCCUGACAACCUCAGCUAUCUAGAAUCCGCCAGCCUGAUGUCUGGAACGUUGGAGUCCCUGUCUGGACUGGGAGAAGACGGCAGCUCCGUGGGCUCCGACUCUGAGAUCAACGGCCUGACCAUCAGGCGCACUGAUAAAUACGGCUUCUUGGGUGGGAAUCAGUAUAGCGAAGCAAGCGAAAAGGAACUUCGAGUUGAAGUUGCUAGGCAGAGGGAACUGAAAUGGCUUGAUAUGUUCACCCACUGGGAUAAGUGGAUCAAACAUCGUUUCCAGAAGGUGAAGCUGCGCUGCAGGAAGGGAGUCCCAUCCUCUCUCAGGGCCAGAGCCUGGCAGCUGCUCUCCAACAGCCAAGAGCUCCUGGAGGCCAACCCUGGGAAAUUUGAUGAACUAGAGCGGGAGCCAGGUGAAGCUAAAUGGCUGGACAUCAUAGAAAAGGAUCUUCACCGGCAGUUCCCCUUUCAUGAAAUGUUUGCUGCUCGUGGUGGUCAUGGACAACAGGAUCUGUACCGAAUCUUGAAGGCCUACACCAUCUACCGGCCGGAUGAGGGCUACUGCCAGGCCCAGGCGCCGGUGGCGGCUGUACUGCUCAUGCACAUGCCUGCUGAGCAAGCUUUUUGGUGCCUUGUCCAGAUAUGUGAGAAGUAUCUCCCGGGCUACUACAGCGCUGGACUGGAAGCGAUACAGCUGGAUGGCGAGAUCUUCUUCUCUCUGCUUCGGCGCACGUGUCCGAUGGCAUACCGGCAUCUUAAGAAGUUCAAGAUUGAUCCAAUUCUGUACAUGACCGAGUGGUUCAUGUGCAUCUUCUCCCGCACGUUGCCGUGGUCCUCCGUGCUGCGCGUAUGGGACAUGUUUUUUUGUGAAGGAGUUAAGAUCGUGUUUCGUGUCGGUCUGGUGCUGCUAAAACAGAUGCUUGGAUCAGUGGAUAAGCUGCGGGAACUACAGGGCAUGUACGAGACCAUGGAACGUCUAAGAAACAUCGCACCCGACCUAAUUCGAGAGGACAUAUUAGUACAGGAGAUCAUUACGCUCCCGGUGACCGAGGCACUCAUUGAGAGGGAAUGUAGCGUUCAGGUGAGGAAAUGGAGGGAGUCGCGAGGGGAGCUGACGCACCAGCCCGUCCGUCGCCUCCACGGUACCAGAGCCAUCUACGAGUAUAAGCGGCGUGCCUCCUCCAUCAGCUCCGGUGGGAGCCUGUCUUUCCUCGGGAGCUCCAUCCCGCCUCCAGGACCCCUCCGGGCCUCCUCCAGCCUCCUCUCGCUGCCUGGUUUCCGCAAGUCUAAAGCUCCUUUCCAGUCCCACAAUAAAAAAAUGUCUUUCUCUGGGCCUUCGGGAAUGGAGGCGCUGCCGCCGCGUUCUCCACCCGCAGCCGUGUCGAGCCCGAGCCGAGGCCCGAGUCAUAAACCUCCGAUGCCUCCGACGGCAGGUCAGAGGGCGGCAGCCUCCCACGUUCAGAGUCCUCUGGUCGGCGAUGCAGCCGGGUCUUCCCAAGGCCCGAGUCGAGCUGCGGGGGGAACCGCGGCACAGGGCCGUCCUGCGUCUCCGGCACCCGCCCAAAGCACUGUCCCGCCCAACACUCUGGCCCCCUCGGGCAAGACCGUCUCCGAGCAAAUCACCCCUACCCUCCCCUCUCCCACCGCAAACAAUUCCCCCCUGCAGCCGUGCCCGGACGCGCAGAGGGAGGCGACGCCGACGACGGCCGACGCCGGGGCUGCGGAGGAGGAAGGAAAGAAGAAGAAGAAGAGCAAAGACGAUAAGAAGAAAGAAAAGGAGGAUGAGAAGAAAAAACUGAAGGAAAAGAAGGAGAAGGAGCGGGCUGAAAAGGAGAGGCUUAAGAAAGAGAAGGAGAGGCUAGAAAAAGACAAGAAGAAAGGGGGGAAGAAAAAGGAAAAAGUGGGCGGAGACGCAGAGGACAAAAACGGAGCGACAGCAGCGAAGGAUUCGGCCUAGCUUUCACCCCUUUUAUCAGGAUAAUGAAAAGGGAGGCUGAACAAAAAAUAAAAAGAGGUCAAAGGACAAAAGACCUAAAGAACAGAAGGAAUAAUUAAUACAAAAAAUGGGAUGGCUUCCUGUAUCACGCAUCAAUCCACUUAAUGCAGUUCAAGGACUACGGAGGAGACGACUGGAUUCAUGGUUUUAAUAGCACCAAGAGGGGCAUUUCGCUUCCUGCUUAAUGCUUUAUUUUUCACUGAGUUUUAUUGACAUGGGAUAAACAUCCUUCUUCAACUGGAGCACAGGCUGUGAACCUGAACUUUUGUUUUCUUUCAGAAAUUUACAGUCAUUUUCUUUUAGUUUGAAUUAUUUCAUUUUUUUUUUUUUUUUAAUUAAUGUUAUUUUGAUAAGAUUGAUGGAAACUGCUAGAGAUUGCAAGGGAUUGUUGAAGUGAAUAUUUUCAGAAAUAGUGCCAUAGAUCACGUUAAUUAUUUAAAAGUAUAGCUACAGUUCAUAGGAAUUUGUUCACACUCCAUCCCUCCUGUCGAGUCUUAUCCUUGGACAGGCUAUCUGGAUAUCCUGGGAAAAAAAUACUAAGCAAAAACCCCUUGAAGUCAUCUCAAAUGCAGGCACUGAAAGCAGAAAUGCUAUUUGUCUUGUUCAGGAUGUAUUUAUUGUCUUGUUAAGUGUUGUGAGUGAGUGUGUGCCUUAGUAGUAUAGUGAAAAGUGUUAAUGUCGUAUGUGCUCUCCCUCUGCCUGCUUUCUGUCUCCGAUCAAACAAAAAUUGCAUCUCUUUUCUUUCUCUCCAAACAAUGACUUUAUUCCACGAUCGGAAUCGAUCUGAGGCCGGUUGCAGUUGGAAAGAGGGACGAGUACAAAUAGACUUAUUUUUCCCCCCUCCUAACAAAAUAAGGGGAACAUGUAUAGUGUUAUUUUCUUUUAUUUCAGGCUUGGAUCCAUAUUUAUUGUAUCUGAAACUGAAUUUUGCAGAAAAGGACAAAACAAAGAAGUCGUCACAUAAUUCACAAGAAAACUGCUUGUUUGAAAAAAAUGCACGUGCAAUAGAUGUGCAAAAUGUCAAGCAGACCAAAUGUCCUGUAAAAACUGGCAUUGAUUUAGAUUUAAUUGGGUAAAAUAGCGUGUGCGUUUGAACUCCGCCAAAUUUCAGUCAGAAGUUGAUUAACAGUUCCUGUACCUAUUGGAAUGUGAUUUGAAGUAUCUUAAACUAACGAAGGAUGUGUUUUUGCACUUAUGAUUUCAUCACGAAGCACCACAGAACUUGAUGACUCCGUGUGCGUGGUGUCUUGGAGAAACUGGUCUCAACAGUUUGAAAUCUCUGCCUUGAGGACCUACCUGUAUCAGAAGCCACUUGACUGGAGCUGCCAGGUGUGCCAAUGUAGCAUUAAUCUCUGGUCUUUGACCCGUGGGCUAUGAUGUAUGUACAGUAUGUACAAAGUGGUUAAUUUAAUCAACAUAGUAUAUUAUUAAUUAUUUUCAAUUUUACUAUUUUUCUAUUUGAGGAACAAACACCUGGUGACUGGAAUGAAGGCUGACUACAAAGUGUAGUUGCAGGAGGAUUUAUUUCCUUUCUUUUUCUUUUCUUUCCUUGGCAUGUGAAGAGUCCUCUGCUUUUACACGACAAACUUAAUGCAUGUUUUCACUUUUUUUUUUUUUUAGGGUCUACUGUCAUUGUUGGUUUGGUUGCAUUAGGUUCACGAGUCUCCAGUUUAUCAAAGUGCAGUAUUAAAUAGAAGUUGAGUGGGAAAAUAAUAAAAAAAAGGACCUCCAACAGAACAUUUAGAUCAGUGAUCCGGGCAGGACCAUUGGGAGGAAAAAGGUCUGAACUGUAUAAUAUACUAAGAGGUGAUUUAUGAACUUUGAAUCUCUCUUUAAUUGAAAUUCUUUAGUACGUCCGUCCCACAAAGUUGUGUUGUAACAUUCAUAAUGGCUUAUGAACUAACUCCCUAAUCUAUUUACACUCAGUGUUUCUGUACUGUAACAUAUUUAUGCCUACAUGAAAUGGCACCGAACCCCGUCAGUAUACUAUGAGAAGUGCUGGUCAGUUAGUUCGAAACCAUUUGGUGGCAUAAACACAAUGAUGCUUUUUAACUGUACCGUUUCGUAGUUUACAAUUAGAGGAAAUUUGCGUAACAUGUCCUCUGUAGUCAUUGUUUUUCCACUUGCAUAGUAAUAUAAAUGUCACACACGGUCCCUACUCUAUUUGGACGCUGAUGAAGGCACAGACCGGUGCUGGGUUUGUGCGGGUAACUCCAAAUGCAUCUAUGCAAACCGUCUUCCAUUAUGACCAUGGUGCAUGUGGUGGCGGCGGCACUGAUUUGAUCGCGGUGGGAAACCGAAAACCAGUGCUUCAAGUAGGUGUUUUUUUUUCCUCAGCGGGCCGAUAUUUAAUGAGCAAUACCUCCUCACUGCUCACAUCUUGAUCAAAGCCUUUUCAUUGGAAGAACUGGAGACGAUCAAAAGAAUCUGACACAAGCUGUCGAUUCUAGACUCAGCUCUGCAACAUUGAGGAUGAAUUCAAACGACAACAACAUAAACGACCCACUUCCAUCUUCCUGUCUUAUGUGCGUCUCCUCAUUAAUGCUGAAGUUACUACACUUGAUUGGGAAGGACUCCACUGAUUCAAUAAAAACGUGUCUCAGCUGUUGUUGCCAUGCCGUUAUGUCUUUUGUGUCUUUAAGUUUACAUGUCACUCUCACUCUGGCGGAAGUGAAAUAGAAUCAUAGCUAAAUAAAUUCAUUCCUUCAGAUCGACAACUGUUGUAUUUAUAAUUAAUGACAAUAAUGACAAUUGUGAUGAAUAAUAAACCAUAAUAU